AUGUUGUUUAUCUAUCUAUUUAUCGAUUCAAAAUCUAAAUCUAUCUAUCUAUCUAUCUAUCUGUCUCGGUCUUUACUGCAACUUUCUCUUUUUUUCUACUUUCUUUUUCAUUUUCUUUCAGAUUCCUUAGUUUUCUCGCCACAUGUCCUCUUUUUAUUAUUUGUACUAUCUGCGUUUUUGCUAUUUUUUGUCGAUUCUCUUACUUUCGAAACCUAUUUUCUUUUUAUCACGUUCACUUAUACUUUAUUUCGAUUCUUUUCCUUUCUAUCGUUUCUAUCACUUCCUCUUUCUCGUCAACUUCACUUUCUUUGUCUCUUUCUUUCUUGUUUUGUCGCCUCAAAUAUUUUUCUUAUCAUAUCCCUUUUCACUUUAUUUUACUCACUUUUUUUUCUUUUUCUUUCUCUUUCUAUUGUCCAUCAAUUCCUCCUUUUUGUUUACUUUCACUUUCCUUUUAAUUUACUACUUUUUCUUUUUCUCUACUUUCUUGCAUAUCAUUUACUUCUUGUCUAUUUUCACUAUCCAUUUUCGUUGACUUUGUUUCUUCGCUUUAUCCACGUUUUCUUCGUCUUUUACUUCAAUUUAUUCGACUUUUACUUCCCUUAUUUUUCUCACUUUUCUCUUUAUAUGAUAUUUUGUUAUUUUUUGUCGAUUUCUAUUCACCCUUUUUUCUUUUGUCUUUUUCUAUAUAUUUUUGCAUUGCAUUACUUUCACUUUAUUUUUGUCCACUUUCUAUCUUUUUUGUUUAUUGACACGUUGUCGUUUACUUUCGUUUUUCUUCUACUUUCACUUUCAUUUUCCUUCCUCUGUUGUUCCUUUCUAUUUCUUCUUUGCUUUUUUUUUCUUCCGUGUCCUCCGUUCUUAAAAUCCAAAAAUUAUUCCUGGAUCUCAUCUGUUUAUACUCUCUCUUUCUAUAUCUCCAUUUCUCUCUCUCUCUCUCUCUCUCUCUCUCUCUCUCUCUCUCUCUCUCUCUUUCUUUUCGCUGGCACAAUUUUAAUAUAUCGCAAUAAGCUUAUUUUUUUCCCCUUUUCUUUAUUUCUUCUCUUCUAUCUUCUGUUGUGGUUGCUUCCACUUCCUCUGUUCUCGCCAUUGCCACCUUCAGUAACAGCUGCCUCUAAGAGUGUCCGCUCUCUGAACUCGACAAACGCUUCGACCAAUGGAAGACCGGCCGAUCCACUCCACAAAUCUGUCUCUCUUCCCCACUUAUAUAUAUCAAUCUUUUCCUUUCCUUCGUUUACUCUUACUAAGUUUCUCUCUCUCUCCCUCUUUCUCCACUCACAAUUCCUCUUUCUUAAUCCUUGCCAUUUUUUCCUUUCUCUCUCCUCUCACUUUUCCACUCUUGCUUCUUCCUUUUCUCUGUGCCCCUCUCUGUUCGCGCCACUCCUCUUUCGCAUAUCUAUAUCAAUCUUUAUUUUUUGUCUUUUUCGCUCUCCUCACACUUUUCCUCACAUUCUAUCUCUUUUACUCACUUUCCGUCUUUGCUUUCACUCUUUGAUUGAUAUUCCUUCGCUUUGUGCUUUUCUCUUUCCUGACCACUCCUCUUUCUCAUAUUGUUAUCUCUUUCUCCUCUCAUAUUUCUCCUGUUUGAUUUUUCUCUCUACCUCUCUCCCUUCUCUCUCUCUCUCUCUGUUUCUUAUUCUCGUUCCCUAA